AUGACCAACAUAGCGUCGGUAAAUGUUGAGGAUGGGGUUGUCGAGCAUCUUGGUUACGAUCAGUCAUAUCGUAGGGUGCUCAGAAGUGUGGGUAGCAUUGCGUUGGUCCUGGCUCUCGCGAGUCCGAUGGCGGCUAUCCUGAUCAACUCGUUCUACCAGAUCAUAUAUGGUGGACAUUGGGGCUUGACAUGGGGUUGGGUGAUUGCUUGCGUGUUUCUUUUCCCACAAGCUCUGACUGUUGCAGAGUUGUGCUCUUCAAUGCCUACGAAUGGCGCUUUUUACUGGUACACUGCAGCUCUUGCUCCCCCACGCUUCUCCAAGCCAUUAUCCUUCAUAGCUGGAUGGAUCACAACAUUGUCUCUCUUUACAAGCCUUGCCAGUUUUGCCUUUGCUUGCGCUUCAUCCUAUGCAGUCCUCAUUCCAGUAAUGGUACCAACAUGGACUCCGACAAACCCGCAAAUGCUAGCUAUGGCUUUAGCCAUCCUCGCCUUGUGGGCACUCCUCAACAUGUUACGUUUUGAGAAAAUAGCUAUGGUCAUGGUCGCAAUCAGUGGAGUCGUUCUCGCCACCACCGCUAUCUUCAUUGUAGCCUUGCCAGCCUCACAAGCCGCCCAGAACAUCUCUUUUGCGAGCGGAUAUACUGCCCUCCUAAAGUACGAGAACUUCUCAGAAUGGAGCCGAGCUGUGGCUGUACCUUUCACCUUCUUCACUGCUUUUUGGUCUGUCACUGGCUGGCAAUCGCCAUGCUAUGUAGUAGAAGGAAUACAGAAUGCACGAACCACUGCACCAAGAGCGAUUAUAAUCUCGUUCUCAGCUAUGGCUACUAUGGGUACGAUAGUAUGUCUUAUUUGUUCAUUCUGCCUUACGGAUAUUGAGGCUGCGGCAACCGAUCCAUCCGGGUUUCCAUUAUUCACUCUCAUUUUAAACCUGUGGGGUGUGAAGCUCGGUUUUACUUUCCUCAUCAUCAUAGUAUCCACUACAAUCUUCGGCGGCUCAUCCCUCCUCUUCUCUAGCGCAUGCCAGAUCGCCGCCUUCGCGCGAGAUGGGGGACUUCCUUACCCCCACCUCUUCAGUUACGUGCAUCCCGGGACCAGUAUGCCCCUCUACUCAACACUUCUACUCGUCAUUGGCACCGUGCUUGCGCUGCUUUUUAGCUUGUCCCCUGUUGCGGGUCCCAUCAUAUACUCCCUUGCGGUCAUCAUGAAUGUCCUUGUCUAUCUCCUACCCAUAGGACUACGACUUGUCGCACCUAAAGAGCGCUACACUCCGGGGCCGUGGAACCUUGGCCGGAUGAGUUGGCCGGUCGCGUUCUGUGGGUUUGUGACUGGCUGCUGGCUGAUCGUGAUGGAAACGUUUCCUACGACCCCGAAUUGGACUGUAGCCUCCUUUAAUUACAAUUGGGUUGUCUCGUUGGCGACUAUGGGAAUAGCCGCCUUGCUCUGGGUCUGCAUUGGGGGAAACUAUAAGGGCAUCAAUCUGGAGGCUCUGAGGGGGAUGCAGUUGAACAUUGAUACAGAGGGUGUGAAAUAA